GUCCGGCGCUCUGCGGGGAAAAAAGGGACCGCUCCGCCGCACCGACCCGGGGCGAAAGCCGGGAAAGAACGAGCCGUCGGGGCGCGCUUUGCCAGAGCCCGGGUUGCCUCCGCUGCCAGCCGCGGGGCUCUUCGGGAGGGGUCCGGGAAACCCACCGCUGGAUCGGAUCCGGGACGCUUCGACGAGGAAGCAACCCGAGCACAGAAGGCGAGAUCUUUCCCGGGGCCUCCGCCCGCGCCGACGGAGGAGGAAGAGAUCGCGGCGCCCGCGGGCGGCAGGGAAGCCUCGGAGGGCAUGUAGAGCCCGGCUGGGGGUUGCAGACGUGGCUCCGCUUUUCCCCUCGUGAUGGGAGGGGGUUUGAGCUAGCUCCGAGCUCUCCCCGUGGUCUCCCUUCCUCCCGCUGGCCGAGGGAAGGUCCAUGCUCCUGGACCCGAUGAGGCCGGGAGGGCGCCAUGGAGCCACUGAAAAGCAUGUUCCGGAAAGCCCCUCUGGUGGGCGGCUGGGGUCCAGCCGGCCCCCGAGUCGGGGCUCCCACCACUUACGCCAACCCGGUCUGGACGGCGUUGUUUGACUACGAGGCCGCCAGCACGGACGAGCUGACCCUGCGGAAAGGGGACUUGGUGGAAGUCCUGUCCUGGGACUCGGCCAUCUCCGGCGACGAAGGCUGGUGGGCCGGGAAGCUGAACGACCGGGUGGGCAUCUUCCCUUCGAAUUACGUCUCGCCCAAGACGGGGGCCUACGCACCGCCAGGCGGGGACCCCCCUGAGGCCGACUUUCGGGACCUGACGCUGGAGGAGGUGAUUGGGGUGGGCGGCUUUGGGAAGGUGUACCGGGGCAGCUGGCGGGGGCAGUUGGUAGCCGUCAAGGCGGCCCGCCAGGACCCGGACGAGGACAUCAGCACCACGGCCGAGCGCGUUCGCCAGGAGGCCCGCCUCUUCGCCAUGCUGAAGCACGCCAACAUCAUCGCCCUGAAGGCCGUCUGCCUCCAGGGGCCCAACCUGUGUUUGGUGAUGGAGUACGCGGCCGGAGGGCCGCUCAGCCGGAUGCUGGCCGGACGCCGCAUCCCGCCACACAUCCUCAUCAACUGGGCCGUCCAGAUCGCGCAGGGCAUGGAGUACCUUCACUGUGGGGCCAUCGUGCCCGUCAUCCACCGGGACCUGAAAUCCAACAACAUUUCCAGAUUUCUCCGAUCUACCUGGGGUUCCUUGAAGGGGUCCCUUGAAAUGUUGGGUAUGGCCAGUAUGAUCCCCUAUCCUGAUCCUGAAGUUUGCCACCAGCUGAUGACUCAACCUGACCCGAGUGGCCACAAGGAGGAAGUGACGGCCAUGGCCGCCUUGCGUUUCCUCUCGUAA